AUGGCCGCCACCGUCAGCUCUCCAGAUCCAGUACUGCCGUCCAGGUUCUUCAGAGUAGGCCAAGGCGAGAUAACCGUCAUGAUUGCUUCCGACGAGGCGAUAGAAGACGUUGUAUCACAACCGAUCAUUCCGUUCCAUAUUUCCCAGAAGAUACUCGCGACCGUGUCAAACAAUACUCCGCAACUGGCAGGCGGCCUCCUCGAAAUCAUCGCGCACCUCACUGGCUUCCCACCAGAGCUUUGUCUGAGCGUUCUCUCCUACCUCUCCUACCGCGAUUUCGUGCUGUUGGCUUUGACCAGCAAGUCCAUGACGACCAUGAUCGUGAAUGACCCUUUCUUCAUCAAGACUGCCGCCACGGAGGAGGCCGAACACAACGCUUCAGGCCAUUUAAAGAUCGUACUACGGGCGUUCCCACAUCUCUCUCAACAUCGCUCAAAGCUUUUGUGUAGCCACUACACUUGCCCGUUCCAUAUGCGGAAGUUGAGGAAGUGGAAUCGAAAAGUUGAGAUGAAGAUGAAGCUUCUCCAGCAAAAUAAGAUACAGGAAAAGGACAGACCGAGCAAGCACACCUAA